ACUGUUUCCAUCAACGGUAACAAUCAUUUUCGUGUGCUUCUGUGACACUCCAGCUUAACAAAAAAGAAGAAAACUCUUGAUGGUCGCCAAACGUCGCGCGUUUGAUUUUACGAUACGGACAAGCCUUUAAUAUUCCCGUCGUUCGAUUUCGAAAUUACUCUAUUUUGAGUAUAUUUGUUGGAUUAUUGGGCAUCGUUUCGAAAAAUUGCGUCGGAAGUUAGUUGAACGCGUAAAUUAGGCGUUACUAGAAUGCGGCGUAAAACAGCUGAUAAGACAAAAACCUCGCCCGAGAAAUCUUCCAGGCGGACGUCGAGACGGGGGCGAAAGUCUCCCACAGUAAGCCCGGAGCGUUCCGAGGAGCAUGAUAAAGAUCGCCCGGAAGAGGAGGAAGGAACAAAAGACAAAGAAAUUACAGAGCCACGUAAAACGGUCGCAAGUGAUUCUGAACAGGAGGAAGGACAGAAAAAGUAUCGUUCUCGUAAAAGUUCUCGGGCCAAGGCAUCCGAGGAAAGGAUUAUAACAAAGCCCCGAAGAUCUUCGCGGCGUAAGUCACAAUCCGUUGAGCCUUCCGAUAACGAGGAAAGUGAGAGGGAGGAAAAUGGUCAGAAUGAAGCGGAGAAAGAUUCCACCAUGAUGGAAACUAUUCCUGAGGAACAUCCCGAAGAACUACCUACUAGUGUUGAUGAACCUGUGGAGAGGCAUGCCACCGAUCAGGUUGAUGCUGAUGAAGAGAAGAGAGAUAGUGAGGAAGUGGCAAAAGUUGGUGACAAUUCCGAUUCAGAGCACCAAAAUGGAGCAAACGUGGAACCGGAAGAGACCCGAGAUACCGUGCUCACAAAAACUGAUGUUUGUGAACAGUCUCGAGAAUCUGGUGAGGUGGACUACGAAAGCGUGCAAGAAGAUGACAGUCAACAGGCGGUUUCUAAAAAAGAGGAAAAGAACGAGGACAAGAAGAAAGAGACUUCCGAAGAUGAUUCAUCAUCAGAGAAAUAUCAACGCAAGUCGGAAUCGCCCAAACCUGUGAGAAAAUCACGUUUUAGAUCUCGUACCAAAUCGCCCGUAGCAAAAGAUGUGACUGAAAAGAAAGAGGACCAGGAAACCGGAGGAAAUGCCAACGACGAAGAGCUGGAAGCAGGAGAAAUAAAGGAAGAUCCUGUUCCUAAGCGUAGCCCUGAGAAAAAAACAACAGAUGAGAACGUAGUUCGUAAACCUCUGCAACGAAGGCGUCGUUGGUUGUCCUCUAAACCGGAUACUAAAUCAUCGGUUAUAGCAAUUUCCACAGACUCUUUGAAAAAUAUUAUAUCUGAACCAGUUAAACCGGUGCCGUUGUCAGAUGUGAAGUUGGAAUCUUCUCCAGAACCAGAAGAAAUCAUCGAUAGCAAUGAAGAACAGCCCACCGGAGAACGUCGUCGUUCAAAGGACAAACAGCAGGACAAGUCGAAGAAAUCAGAUAAUGAAAAUGUUGAACACGGAACAGAGCAGGAGUUCAAGAUGAAACCGGGGGUCGAGAAAGCUGUUGCUGUUGCGCGCAAGAUCAGUAUCGUCAGUGACGAUGGCAGCAAUGCUGUGGCCAGACCACCGAGUCCUGCUCGACACCAUUCCAGCAACAUACUAUACAUAACGAAUUUGGUCAGACCAUUCACGGUGCUGCAGCUGAAAGGGUUGCUCGCGCGCACGGGAAAAAUCGUGGAAAACGGAUUUUGGAUCGAUAAGAUUAAAUCCAAAUGCUACGUGAAAUAUGAGACGGAAGACGAAGCGGUUGAAACACGCCAUGCAUUGCAUGGAGUUCGGUGGCCAGUGUCGAACCCGAAGUGCCUCAAUGUUGAUUUCGGCACAGAGGCGGCUAUGGAGAAGGCGAUCAUUUCGACACUGGACGAUACAGGAACCACGCGUAUCACAAUUGAAAAUGCGAAGGAUACCAAAGAAUUUGGCUGGAGCCGAGAUACUUUGAUGCAGGCUGAGGACACUCAUGUUAUUCGACCGGUGCGGGAAUGGGACCUUGGAAAAAAGGAUGCAUUCGAACAUGACCGCGAGCGGGUGGAAGUCGACAGGAGUGGUCGCAGCGAGAAUCGAGAUCGUGAACGGGAACGGGACCGCGAUAGGGAACGAGAACGUGACAGGGAUCGUGAGCGAAUUGGACGCAUCGACGAGGGACGACCGGAUCGUGUUGCAACGGCUGGAAGGAGGCGUUCUGCAGAGCGGGACUUCGCAAGGGAUAGGGAUCGGAGACGUAAUAGUACCAGUUUGUCACCAGCACGAAAAUUCAAAAAGAAAGAAAAUGAACCUCCCAUCAGACUAUUGGAUGAUCUUUUCAGGAAAACAAAAACGACACCUUGCAUCUAUUGGUUGCCGUUGACUGCUGAACAAAUCGCCACUAAGGAGGAACAGCGUCGUAAGAUCUUGGCCGAGACGCAACGUCGCCAAGAGGAAGCCCGUAAGCAGGAGGAAGAGCGUCGAAAAGAGCGAGAGCGUCGCGACCGUGAGCGCCGUGAACGUCCUCGCUCGAAUUCGCGCGAUCGUCGUCGUCGGUCGAGAUCACGCGAUGAUGGUCGACGACGUCACCGAUAAGCGCGUUGCGAAUGUUGAAACGAAUGAAGCAAAAGAAGAUGGUUUUAAGCGGACAAAACGAGCGUCACCGAAUCACGUGGAGAUGUUUCGGAUGAGAACUGAGAAACGGUGUCCCAAUGAAACCCGUUCAUCCCUUCGUUCGCUCGAUGACGAAUUCGAAUAGGGUCUGUGCGGCAUAUUAUUGUUUCUAUUUAUCUUUAUCUCUCAUCCAGAUUUCAGUUUCCCCCUGGCUCUUGUUUCCAUUUUCGGCUCUGUUUUUUUGUCUUACAGCUGUAGCUGAUUGUUAGAAUUUUACUAGCUGCGAUUUUUUCCCCCGAUUCGCACACAGUUUUUAACACUAAGCAAAAUUUCAAUCAAAGUAAAUUUUCGUCGCUUUCUAGAUUAUUACAGGAAAAUAGCGAUUGAUCUUGUUUGCCACAAUCUAGCAGAAAAUUGUUUUGUUCUUGGAAACCAAACAGUAUUUGCUAGGAUUUGUCAUUUGCACUGAUUUUAUCGAUUUCAAUUUACUAACCGUUUUAAGCAACUGUUCACAAUAUUCAACACAAUUAUAAAAAAAUAGAUAGGAAUAACAGUAACACUACUUGCGCAAGAGAGAGAGAGAAAUGUUCCAGCAGCUUGUUCAAAACCCAGCAGGAAUCCGAAUAUGUAGCGGAAAAUGGAACGCAGUUACACAAAACCUGAGACCUAAAACAUUAUAACCAUCAGCGUCGACUGUCAUCAGAUCAAUAAGCAACAUUCUCUUCUAUAUAUUGUGUAUUCCCAUCAGAAGCUGAAUUCACAUACGCGCGUGCACGUAUCUUCCGCCAUAACGCAGCUGUACACACUUGCCACUGACCGAACGUGUGAGCGACAGAAAGUGAAUACAAAGUUUCCGAGAUAUUGGGCGGCUUCUGAAUCAAUAAGAGAAGGAUGGUUCACUCGGCACGGUGCGUGAGUUCGAGCUGAGCCGAGUACCAAGACGUUGAUUCGAUAUGGAAGAACCACUAAAAACCCUUCCAAAUUAUCAUGGCUGAUUGGACACGAUGCAAUUUGCUCGUUGCUCCCUCGAGGCACCCAACGAAGCACCAUCGUAACAUCAACUCGACAGAACCGGAACACUACUGGAAAUCAAUAUGCAUCUUGCGCGGAGCUGGAAUACCGACGGAUUAAAGAUAUACCAAUACAAUAGUGACUAGAAAUCAUCUCUUAUCAACUCUAAGGCUUCAUCGUACAGACAUUCAUAGAAAUUGAAAUGUCCUUUAGUUAGAUUAACAUUGCAACUAUCAUUAAAUGCGACCGUACACCAUUGUAAGAACUAUGGUUAUUUGAGCACUUGUGGACUACACAUACAUGAAUUCAAAAUACAGUUUAAACAUUGAAAUGAAA